GUCUGCUAGCCUAGGUCUGUAUUGGGUGAAGAUAUAUAGUUACUACUCCGCCACUGUUAGUUGUUGGUAACCUACUCUUAUCAGAAGGGAUUACUUUGAAUUUGAAGUUACGGUUGUGUCUUGUGUUGUAUGUUUUUAAGCCGGUAAAGUGUAUUUGCAGUCUUUUUAUUUUAGUGUGGCUGAUUUUAGUUUAAUUUUGAAUUAAAUUAAACUUUUGUUUUAAGAUAAUGGCUGAUUCAAAACAAGAGGAACCUUCUAAAGAAAUUGUGAGACAAGUAGGCGGUAGUGGUAUUUUUGACAUUCUGAAACAUGCAUCCAAACAAAUAGCUGCAUUUGGUAUCAUUUAUCUAAUUGGGUAUUUCAACAUCAGCCCAGCGUGGUUACUUGGGCCAUUAGUUCUAUCAGUAAUGAGAGAUCAAUGGAAAAAAAAUAAAGAACUGAAAAGAAAUGUUGCUAAGGCCUCUGCAUUGUCUAAUGAAAAAGAUGUAAUCCUGGCAAGAAUAGAUGAACUCCCUGCUUGGGUCUUCUUCCCAGAUGUCGAGAGAUGCGAAUGGCUGAACAGAAUUCUACUGCAAGUGUGGCCCAACGUGAAUCACUAUGCCAAGGAUGUGAUCAAAGAUAUUAUAGAGCCCAACAUCAAUGUUGCCCUGGCUGAGUACAAGAUGAGCGGCUUCAAGUUCCAGAAAAUGAGACUUGGAACAAUUCCUCCCCGCUUUGGUGGUAUUAAAGUCUACGACAGGAACACCAGCCGAAACGAGAUCAUCAUGGAUGUUGAUGUUUUCUAUGCUGGAGAUUGUGAUAUCUCUUUCGUUCUGAGUGGUUUCAGCGGUGGAAUCAAAGAUUUCCAGAUCCAUGGAUUGCUUCGAAUCGUGAUGAAGCCUCUAAUCACCACCAUGCCCCUUGUCGGAGGACUACAGAUCUUCUUCCUAAACAAUCCUGCCAUUGACUUCAACCUUGUCGGUGUGGCAGACCUGCUCGACAUGCCCGGUCUCAGUGACAUGCUGCGGAGAAUCAUCGUAGAGCAGGUGGCAGCCAUGAUGGUUCUACCCAACAAACUGCCCAUCAAGCUGAGCGAAGCUGUUGCAUCUUCUACUCUCAGAUUCCCUGAACCCGAAGGUGUCCUGAGAGUACACGUGGUCGAGGCCAAACAGCUGAUGAAGAAAGACAUCAGUAUGUUGGGUAAAGGCAAGUCUGACCCCUACGUCAUUGUUACCGUAGGUGCUCAGACUUUCAAGUCUAAAACGAUAGACAAUACAGUUGAUCCUAAAUGGGACUUUUGGUGUGAGGCUGAAAUUACUGCACAUAAGGUACAAUCCGUGACCUUCGAAUGCUGGGACUGGGAUCCCGGCUUCCCUGGAUAUCAAAAUGAUGAUUUUUUGGGCAGAGCUUCAGUAGAAGUCCACGGUGUGACAAAGAAAGGCAUACUAGACACUUGGGUUACACUGGAGGAGGCUAAGACUGGAAUGGUACAUCUGCGACUCACUUGGCUCCAGCUCACUUCCAACAAAGAGGACCUCAAGUUGGCUUUGGCUGAGACUCAACAGCUGAGACUCACUUCUAUGGCUACUUCCAUUCUCAUGGUCUACAUUGACUGUGUCAGGCACCUGCCGAGCUCCCAGAAGGGAGGACCGAAGCCGGACCCCAUGAUGUACCUGACUGUGGGCAAGAUCAGCCAUACCUCCCACGUUGUGUAUCGCACUGACUGUCCUGUGUUCGAGAGGGGGUUCACGUUCCUGGUCAAUAACCCAGAGACUGACACACUACACAUCCGGGUGGUUGACCAGAAGUCCACCGCUGAGUUGGGUCGCCUCUCAUUCAACCUGAGCCAGCUGCUGGAGGCCGACAGACUGGAGCUGGAUGACCAGCCACUCGCCCUCACUAAGUCUGGGCCCGACUCCAAAGUGCUUCUCUCCAUGAAGCUUAAGAUUUUAAAGCACAUCCCAGUGGUACAAUCCCAGCCAUCCUUGGACCGAAGUGAUAGUGUAGAUCCGGCCCCAAGCUCUGUUCCUUCAAAGGAAAGUACUGCGUUCAAGACAGGUCCGUCAACAUCCCCAGCGGUGGAUGGUGAGACCGAUCCGUUGUUGUUGGUGAGCGACCCCAUGGUGGUCAGUACUCCUCCCACACUCGUCGAGUCCGCUCCCACAUCAGGCUUGCACCAGCGAACCGCCAGCACCACCUCAUCAUCAGGAGAGGCCGGCCUGGGUCGUAUCCAGCUGACAUUCCGCUACAGUGUGCAGAGACAGCGCCUGAUCAUUGUCAUCCACAAGAUUGCGAACCUGCCACUGAAGGAUCCUAGCAGUAUUCCAGAUCCUUAUGUGAAGCUGUAUUUGUUACCUGAACGCUCCAAGGAGACCAAGCGUAAGACUGAGACUGUGAAGGACAACUGCAACCCCACCUAUGAUGAGACAUUUGAGUACCUCAUCAGCUUGGCAGAGCUUCACUCACGUCAGCUGGAGGUCACCGUCCUUACGCAGAAGACUUGGAAAAGCCCAGUUAUGGGCCAGGUCAUAGUGAAUCUCUCUGAUCUGGAUCUGUCAAAAGCCACGACUCAGUGGUUCGACCUGAAACCGGAAGUCGAAGCUUAGUUGGAGAUGGAUCUAUUCUUCUAUUGUCCACCCUUUCUGUUUUUUGUGAUGUAUUGGCAAACUAACGCAUACAUAUGUUAUUGUAUUGGAUCAUUAUUUAACUCACUAUAUGUUUAUGUGUUCACAAUUUCAUAUUGUAUUCUUUGUGGGCAACACUUCAGUAGGCUGUAAUUUGUAUUUUACAUCUGAUACACAACAUUAUAAUUUUGAUUAAUUUACACUUUUAUAUUUUACCACUAUUUUUAUACAUUUAUAUUAGUAUUUUCAUGUUUGAAAUUUGUUGUUAAUCAUGUACGAUUUUUGUGAUUGCUUGUAAUUUCACAUUUAUAUUAUUAAUAGCACUGAUUUAUAAUAAUUUCACCUUACAGUA